AGUGAAAAAUCAUCCUUUACCUCACAGAAAAAAAAAUGUACAAAUCAAAGGAAGAAUUAUAUUAGAACUACUUCCUUUCAUUCCUUUACAAUGAGAACAGUUAACAAGCAAUACACGGAAAUGAGUAAAUGGAUAAGCAGAAUGUAAUAUACUCGUACGUGUAAUCCUGCAUGUGAGUAAGAAUGACGCACCAAGGCGGAAACAAGCCCCUUGUGUAAACGCGUGAGUCCUAAUGAAAGAGUGACGUGUUUAAGCGGAACUGAACCAGCGGGCGUGUGUGCUGCAGCAGCGGCGGGCAAGCAACAGGAGCACGAGCAGGGAAGGAGGAGGAGGAGGAGGAGGAUUAGUAGGCUCGAGGAGUGUUGUGGAGUGCGUGUCAACAGGUACACGAGUGAGCCAUGGCUGCCCAAGAAGGAGCCAAGAGUCUCAAGCUGAUGGUGAUGCUCAAGAGGAAGCGCCGUGAAGAACAAGAGCGACGGGCGCGGCGGGGGGACACAGACCCACGCUAUGAGUACAUUUUCCAGGUGCUGGCGGCCUGUGCGGGCAUUGCCAGACAUCAGGUGAUGGACCACGUGUUUGAGGAGAACCUGCUGGAGGAGAUCAGCAAGUUCCUGAUGCCCGGCCAGUAUAACAACAUGGUGUGGUUUUACCAGGAGUGCGAGGAAAGUCCGGAUGAAAAGACCACGCACGAAGAGGAGGAAGAAGCAGACGCUAAGUCUCCCACGUCGCCGCUCCUGUCGCAGCCCUCCAGCGGACAGUCGCGACGUAACUCAGUGGUGAGCGGGCCCACCGAGCAGCAGCACUCCAGACGCAACUCCACAGCGACACAACACACUGAGGAUGGUGAGGCGGAGCAGCAGGAGCCUGGCAAACGCAUGCGGCUGUUUGUGGGCAACCCGCGCACCACCCCGCUCCGGGGCGUGUGUGUUUGCAUGACGCGAACUAACCCACAGCGCUCCGUCACCGAGGAGAACGUACACAGGGAGGUGAACUUCAUGCUGCUACGGGCAAGUGAUGACCCGUCCGUGCUGCUGAGGUCCGUGAAUCGCCUCUUGGGUCGCGUGUUCGUGCCCGCCGUCCGCACCAACCCAUCAGAUCUGGACUCGGCGCCUGGGAGUGGAAGCGCCAGAGAUCACUUACUGGCCGGCCUCCGCUCCUUUGCUUCCUCCCUUCAUGUGUCCGAAUCAAUCCUGGAAGAGCGGGUGGUGCUGGCGAAGGCGGAAGAGGGUGCGGGAGAGGUGCGGGGCCUGACGGAGGCGCAGGCAGCCCUCACCCAGCCCGACCAGGUGGCGGCAGUGGAGCGCAGCGUGGUCACUUGGCUCAAGCAGAUAGAAUCUGUGUUGAUCGAGAUGGAGCAGCUUCGCCAGGAGACAGAUGACGCUGGGCCGCAGGACGAGCUCGAGUACUGGAAGCGACGCAUGGCAAAGUUUAAAUUCCUUGCAGAGCAAAUGGAUUCCCCGCAAGUGCGCGGGGCCAUCCUGAUGCUGCAGCUGGCACGGUCUAAGGUGCUCAGGUCGUGGAAGGAAAUGGACGCCAGGGUGACGCACAACCUCGCUGAGGCCAAGGACAAUGUAAAGUUUGUGUACGCCAUUGAGGAGUACUGCCACCCGCUGUACCUUAACGACCCUCCCGGCAUGACUCCUUACAUCAUGAUGCUGUUCAACACGGUGAGAAUGAUUCACUCCAUUUCCAAGUACUACAACACCUCGGAUAAGCUGUCCGCGCUGCUCAUCAAGAUCACCAACCAGAUGAUCCGUGCCUGCCAGGUCUACAUCUCCUGCCAAAGUACAGCAUCCAUCUGGUCUCAGCCGCGGUCAGAUGUGCGACUCAAGAUCCAACACUGCCUCAAGCUACACGCCACCUAUCGCUCGGCUUACCAGAAGACCAAGGAGAAGCUCGAGGCCAUGCCCGGCGAGCGCCCCUUCAGCUUCAGCGAGCAGUACGUCUUCGGCAAAUUCGAGGCGUUCUGCUGCCGCCUCAACAACAUCACGGGACUCUUUGAUGACAUCGAUAAGUUCUCCGACUUCUUUGAGGGGCGGGCAGAGUGUGAGAUUGAUCGUUUUAUUCUUGUUAUUGCUCUUCUUUUUUUAUAAUACCAAGAACAUUAAGUGUAUAGGAGUUAAGAGGUUGUAUUUAGGUAUUCACAUAUUUUGGUUUAUUCAUGAAAGGAGCUUAUAUGGAAAAAAAAAAUGUUAAUAAGUUUUUUUUUUUUUUUUUAUCAUAUAGUUCAUGGUGUUUGAACGUCACGAAUAAUCAAGUGUUUCUCCCUUGAUGUAUCUUUUACACAUGCAUUUUGCAGAUGAAUCCACAUAACAGCUUUGAACCGUCAAGUAUUUUUAGUGGUUUAGUUUUUUGUUGGUGAUAAUCUCCCCGUAACAGUUGUCGUUGGCUGCAUGGUGAAGCCACCAGCCCGACAACACCCGCCUAGCUUGGCCCUAAACAGUCGCCUUUCCUGUGUGGUCCAUACACACCAUGUUCACAUCACUCCUCGCUCCUCCACGCUCUCAGCCCUUGGCUCCCUCCGGCCACUCCGCUGUCAGGAAGAUGUAUGAAGACCUAUCAGUGUUUGGUUACCCUCAGUACGCCACUGUAACCACACCUGGCUUGUGCAGACCAUUCAUGUUGUCUGUUACUAGAAGAGGGAGAGAAAAAUGCUUUGAUCGCUCUCUCUAAUUCCCUGUGAAUGUUGAGUGACAGACAUGAUAUGUGUGGCUUUUACACAGGAAUGGUGAAGACUUAAACAAAUUAAUAUAACUAGAGACUGAAGAGUUAAUAAGUGAUCAUUGACUGUAUGCUAAGUGCUGUAGCUCGUGACCCGGCCAAGGGACCACGCCGCCACCACCACCCGGUGGCCGAGCGGCGCAGCGAGGCAGGAAACCACCUCCAGUUUCCUUGUCCUCGUGCAUGGCCUCUGCUGGAACUUUUCAUCUGCUUGAUCGUUCUUAUUACAUUACUGACUUUAUUUGGUCAUGGUAAGAUUAGGAUGUUACCUGACCUGGCCCAUUGGCAAUCUCUAGAGCAGUGAUUAUUAAUUUUUCCUGUCAUUUACCUCGUUAGCUUGAUGCAUUUUUACCGUUUCAUCACUUAUCCCCAAAACAAAAGGGAAUAGAUGGCAUAAAGAAAGUUGAAAUAUUUAUUAUUGAUGCUUUACACAAAAACAAGGAUGAUAAAUAAAAGAAAUAUUAUGUAGUCCACUUUAUAAAGGCAAACAUAAAUGCCAGAAGUAUUAUAUUUUAAGCAAAAUUAAUUGCCUAGGCUGGAGGGUUUUUUUUUUUUUUUUUAAUACGAGUAUCUUCCCUGUCAAGCAGCUCGCACACCGACGCAACUAGCUGCAUGAAACCGAUCCCACACAACUGGUCUCAUACGAGGUCCUCACACCUGAGCGAUCUUUUUUUUUUU